AUGGCCGAAUUCGUACGCUCCCAGAUUUUCGGCACGACCUUCGAGAUCACCAGCCGGUAUACGGACCUUCAACCGGUGGGCAUGGGCGCCUUCGGCCUGGUCUGUUCGGCGCGGGAUCAAUUGACUGGCCAGCCUGUCGCAGUCAAGAAGAUCAUGAAGCCCUUCAGCACCCCGGUCCUUUCAAAGCGUACCUACCGCGAGUUGAAGCUGCUCAAGCAUCUCCGUCACGAGAACAUCAUCAGCUUGAGCGAUAUCUUCAUCUCUCCGCUUGAGGAUAUCUACUUUGUCACUGAGCUCCUCGGAACCGAUCUCCAUCGCCUCCUGACAUCUCGUCCUCUGGAGAAGCAAUUCAUUCAGUACUUCCUGUACCAGAUUCUGCGCGGGUUAAAAUAUGUCCACUCCGCCGGUGUUGUGCACCGUGACUUGAAGCCCAGCAACAUCUUGAUCAAUGAGAACUGCGACCUGAAGAUCUGCGAUUUCGGCCUCGCCCGGAUUCAGGACCCCCAGAUGACCGGCUACGUGUCGACCAGAUAUUACCGAGCUCCUGAGAUCAUGCUCACCUGGCAAAAGUACGAUGUGGAGGUCGAUAUUUGGAGUGCAGGCUGCAUCUUCGCUGAGAUGCUGGAGGGAAAGCCCCUGUUCCCUGGAAAGGAUCAUGUCAAUCAAUUCUCCAUUAUCACCGAGCUCCUCGGCACACCCCCUGAUGAUGUGAUUCAGACGAUCUGCAGUGAGAACACUCUCCGAUUCGUGAAGUCUCUUCCCAAGCGCGAGCGCCAGCCUUUGGAAAACAAGUUCCGCAACGCUGAUGCUGAUGCUGUCGAUCUGCUCGAGCGCAUGCUGGUCUUCGAUCCCAGAAAGCGUAUCCGCGCCGAUGAGGCGCUCGCUCACCCAUACCUCGCACCCUAUCACGAUCCUACUGAUGAGCCUGUCGCGCAAGAAAAGUUCGACUGGUCUUUCAAUGAUGCGGAUCUGCCAGUGGACACGUGGAAGAUCAUGAUGUAUUCCGAAAUCUUGGACUUCCACAACAUUGAUCAAGCCAACGAGGCGGGCCAAGCGUUGGUGGCUGGUGCGUCGCACAGUGGCAUGGCACCUCAAACGUAUGUCUAG